AUGCUUAAAAGGGAAGCAUUUUAUGAAUUACGGUUUUAUUUUUCUAUAGGGUUCAGUGAUGUGGAGCUAAGGAUUGUGGUUAUUGGGAGCAGUGGUCCAUCUCAGUUUCUUCUCACCAACUUCAUCUUGGGAAGAGAAGUCUUUUCCAAGGAUGUCUACAGCAUUGCGGGCAGCCAGAAAAACCUGGGAGAGUUGACAGGAAGAAGGGUUGCGGUAGUCAAUGGACCGAACCUGUACGACAGAGACCUGUCCAAGUCCAAGAUGAGAAAAGAGCUGAAGAGAUCAACGUGCUUGUCGACUCCUGGACCUCAUGCUGUACUCAUGGCCUUUGACCUGGAGAAAAUCUCCCCUAAUGACAUGAAGACUCCCGAGCUGGUUAAGAAGAAUUAUGGGAAGAACGUCCUGAGUUACGCAAUGGUCCUGCUGUUGUACGACGGGCAUUUGAGAGGCCGGGCACUUAAUGACAGAGUCAUGAAAACCGACUGGCAUCUGAGGGAACUUGUCGAGCAGUGCAACUGUCGAUAUCACGUCUUCAGUAAUCACUGGAGGAACAGGGCCGGGAGCGGGGAGCUGUUGCGUAAGAUCGAACGGAUGCUGCGAGCUUUGGGAGGGCACUACUACAUUAACAGAUCUUACAGGAGGGCCGAGGAGAGCGUCAGAAGCGAGGAGAGAAAGCUAAAGAAGAAGAGACAUGUCGAGAUGGAGUGGAGACGACGGGAACUGGAGAUGCAAUUUCAGGGAGAUGAGCUGCAAUGGCAAACGGACGCCUACAAUGCGAGCGUGGAAGCCGAAAUCCGGGCCGAGGCGGAGCUGGAGAACAGCUGGCUCAGGACUUCACUCGCUGUUGGGCUCGGGAUGGGGUUUGUGGCUGGAGCAAUCAUGGGAAUGAUAGUAGGAUCUGUCGAAGGGCCGGCAGGAAUGGCAGUGGGAGGGGCUGUAGGAGGGACUGUGGGCGGAGCAUCAGGUGCUGCUAUUCAGGUAGCCAUCGAACACUUGGAUGAAAGAGUGGGACCUCAUACAAGCAGCUUUAAUUCGACAUUUGUUAACCGUUUUUAUAGAGUGCCUCGUGUCUGACAGUGGAA